AUGUCGACGGACUCAACCCAGUCCUCGACGACCUCUCCUCCCAUCGGCGCGACCUCCCCUGCUUCUGGCUUCGCGACUAGCGGCGCCAUCUUCAUCAACCCCUAUGCCUCUGUCUCCGUCAAAGCCCACGUGCCGAUCACCCUCGAGUUGAAGAACCCUAACUUCACUAGGUGGUCCGCCUACUUCCACGACAUGUGCAGGAAAUUUGGUCUUCUGCGGCACCUCGACGGCCCCUCCCCCAUUGCCAGUCAGCCCGUUGAUCCCGCCUGGGAAGAGGCAGAUUGCUGCGUCCGUAGCUGGAUCUACGGAUCCGUUGCGGAGGCCGUCCUCGACAUGACCAUGGAUGGCAUCACCAAGACGGGGGACUCCACAAUCGACGACUACUGCCACCGCGUGAAGACCACCGCCGACAAGCUGCGCGACGUCGACCAGCCCGUCUCCGAGUCGACCCUUGUCUUCAAUCUGCUCCGCGGAUUGAACAAGGAAUUCUCCAACACCGCCGACAACAUCGCCGCCAACAACCUCUCCUUCUCCUACGCUCGCGACCAGCUCCUCCUCAAGGAACUGCGCCUCGCGAACGAGAUCAAGGUUGCGGCGGCCACGGCACUGGUCGCUGGCUCUACUCCCUCCUGUGGCACCUCUGGCUGCCGCUCCUCCUCCUCCUCGAGUGGCGGACAGCAGCAGCAGUAG